CUCCACAGAGGAACAUGGCGAGAAAAGCCGUGUUUUAUAUCGUCUUGUUUUUCUCCAUCUCCACCAUCGUCUACAUCUCCUGGACCAACCUCGUCCUGAUCAGUUUUCCAGAAUUACGGUUAAGUUCAGAGUUUUGGGAUCCUGUGUUUUCCACGGUUCCUCCCACCACGACAGACCCGCCCGGCCUCACCCCCAUCCCCGUCAUGUACGGCUCAGAAUUCACCAAACUGCCGCACUGGGACUUCGACGACGUGUACAGGACCGACCGGGAGAGACACAAAACCACACAGAAGUGUGACAACAGUCUGUGGACCAGGAUCCAGGCAGAGCCGGAGCUCAAAGACAAGUUCAUCCCAAACAUUCGCCUGUACGUUUACAACGGAAGCAUCAGCAUGAGCGAGUGGAACAGACUCUCCCACUUCAACAACCCCUUCGGCUUCAUGAACUACAAACACCAAGAUGUGAUGUCCGCUCUGAACCUGGUGCAGAAGCCCAAGGAGCCGCUGCUGCCGCCUAAACCAGGCAGAGACUGUAUCAGCUGUGCUGUGGUGGGCAAUGGAGGAAUCCUCUGGAGGUCCAAGAAAGGAGCAGAGAUCGACCAACACGACUAUGUGUUCAGGGUGAACGGGGCGGUGAUCAGAGGCUUCGAGGAGGACGUGGGCAGAAGGACGGACGUCUACGUUCACACGUCUUUCUCCAUCUUCGCGUCUGAAUUUAACCUCAAGCAGUACAAGUACACAGCAGCUCCACAUGAUCAGGGUAUAAAGUACGUGCUGAUCCCCGAGGGCAUGAGGGACAUGGACUGGCUGGUUGGACUUUACAAACGACAGAGAAUCACAAACUCUUCCUUCGAUCUAUUUGACGGAUCCCGGCCCUGGACGUACUACUCGGGUCGGUUCAACGAGUCGCGCUUCUACGUUCUGCACAUGGAUUUCCUGAGACACGUCAAAAACAGGUUCCUGAAGUCCGAGACCCUGGACACAAUAGACUGGUCGAUCUUCAGACCCACAAACGGAGCCUUCACGAUGUUCCUGGCUCUGCAGCUCUGCGACAAGGUGAAUGCGUACGGAUUUGUAACAGACGACUACAGCAAAUACUCCACCUACUACUACGAGCGCGAAGCCAAGACUGACAUGGUCUUCUUCACAAACCACGACUACGACAUGGAGAGGAAGCUGUGGAGGAGACUACACGACCUGGGCAUCAUUAACCUGUACCUGGGAGAACCGCGAGAGCCCAAAACGACACAGAAACCCUCGAAGGAAGAACACAGAACCCCUCCGAAGGAAGAACAGAACCCCUCGAAGGAAGAACAGAACCCCUCGAAGGAAGAAGAAGCACAGAACCCCCGAAGGAAGCACAGAACCCCUCGAAGGAAGCAACAGAACCCCCGAAGGAAGAAGCACAGAACCCCUCGAAGGAAGAACAGAACCCCCCCGAAGGAAGCACAGAAACCUAACUAA